GGCGCGCGGGCGGCAGGCGGCUCCACGGCCAGCGCGUCGCGGUCGUGGGCGCGGGGCCCGUGGGGCUGCGGCUGGCGCUGGAGGCCACGCUGGCGGGUGCCGCGGUGACGGUGCUGGAGAAGCGCGGCGAGUUCGCGCGGAUCAACAGGCUCCACCUGUGGGACUGGGUGAAGCAGGACCUCAUUGCUUGGGGCGCCAAGCUCUUCUCCCCGCCCGGAGGCAGCUUUGGCGCCGACAAGGACUACUGCCACAUCGGCAUAUCGGAGCUCCAGCUGCUGCUGCUGAAGUGCUGCCUUCUGCUCGGGGUCUCCGUCGAGAUGGGUGUCGAGUUUCGGACCGCCAGCCACGUGCCGAGCGAGCAGACGUGGCGGGUGCAGACGGAUGAGCUGGGCAGGUCCGUCAAAGAGUCCGUCGCUGCGGGCAACAAGACUGUACUCGAACUGCUCGAAGCUGUUCGCCAGACGGUGCAGGACAAUCAAGCCACUAUGGAUGAGAAGAUUCUGUCAGUUGUCAGGCCGCAAGUUGACGAUGUGUCUCGUCGUCUUCAGGCCCAGCUGGAUGCACAGCGUAACCGUAUCGGUGAACACGACCGCCGCCUCGAGGCGCACGACACGGCGAUCGACACCCUCAACCGUCGCCUGGAUGACAUGCAGCGUGCAUUGGCGCUCGCCAGUGGGAGACCUCAGCCACCUCCGCGGGUUCCUGCAGGCUUCGACCGUGGCAUCGACGGCACGAUCGUGGUUGCAAUGGCGCAGAAACACACUACGGUUGCCCAUGUACGUGGAACCCUGCAGCCAUUUAUCAGUGGGCUGGGAUAUGAGUCGACUGAAUAUGAGAUCAAAGCAUCAGGUGAUGAACCUUCCAAGCGCUUCGUGGUUGCAUUCAAAGGAGCCGUGGCCCCUGCGACGCGCAAGGCGCACACGGUGCUGCAGAACCUCAAGGUGGACAAGCAGUGGAGGGAGUUCACAGUCGGCGUCACAGGCUCGGCUGACUGCAGGCUCUUCCUCGGACCAGACAGAAGUCCGAAACAAAUCAAGACAGAAAUACUACUUCGGCGGUGCCGCUCGGAGAUCGCGAAUGUGUACCCUCAGGCCAAGCUAUUCUCGGACCGUGAGCGAGGAUGUCUGCUGGUGGGCUGGGACAAGAUUCUCAAAGUGGAGGUUGGCGCGGGACAGGAUGAAUCAAAGCUCCAUUGGGAGCCCAACCGUAUCACGAAGAACAACAUGGACAUCGAGCGACUGCGGGCAUGCACCAAAUGCUUGGUCGAUCCUGCAGCAGAGGCUGGCGGGCAGAAGUCCAGCCUGAAGAAGCACUACCUCUCGCGCUUGCGCUUGCAGGAGACAGUGGUGGCCCUCCAGGAGGAGUUCACAGACAAAGUAUUGGUGAUCAUACUGGGCGACUUCAACUUUGCGGCGGAGGAGGCGCUCAUCCUGGAUUCACCUGUGGCCGCGGUGAAGCACAAGCCUUGGGGGGGCAUGCUUGAGCUCGAGCACUCGCUGCCGACGCACUUCGAUCGCCAUGCGGGCACGGAGGCGGCGAUUGACCGCAUCUUCGCCAGCUGGCAGGCCUGCCAGCUGUAUGUGAUGGCGUCGACGCUGGACGCCCUUGCAUGUGUGUCGGAUAAAGGGAUUUCGGAUCAUGCAGCUGUUAUUGUUUCUCUGACCCCACGCAGUGCACGACUGCCAGAGACUAGGUGCGUGCCCAAGCAUGUGUGUCAGGACCCUUGGUUCCAGAAGAGGUUGGCGGGGCUCGCGUCGGACUCUAAGUGGGAUCUCUUGUCGCCCCCCUUCCAGCUGGAGCACUGCAAGGGCCUCGCGAAGAUCGCAGGGGAAGAAACCAGAGACCAUAUGUUCAAGACCCUCCCCGAGCACCCCAAGACCCUCCUCCUGCUCUCCAGGGUGAUUGCGCGAUUGGAGAUGUUCAUCUUCCUCCGCCUACCCCUCGACUUCUGCGACGUGUCCUGA